UUUUUCUUCUAAAAUCAUAUGAUUUGAUGCUUUUUUACCCACACCCACUUUUAAUUUACAUACUUGCUUUGAUGGGUUCAAUUUCUUGUUUAUAAAACCCCUGAAAUUUUGCAUCUUUUUGGUUUUGGAAGAUUUCCUUCACCAUUCAGCACUUCAGCAGAAAUUAUGGCAUCAACAUCAACACAAUUUGCCACUUCGAGAAGGAUGGGCAUAUACGAUCCGCUUCACCAUAUUAGCAUGUGGGACGACACAUUUGGAUGCGAUAUUAGCCCAAACACGGGUCCCUCUACGAUCUCUCAAGUUGACACACGACUAGCCAAGACGGAGUACACUUCUCAGGAAUCUAUAGGACCUUCAUCAGACAAUCAAGCAGCAAAAAACAUGUCUGAUAAGUUGCAAAGACGAUUAGCACAAAACCGGGAAGCUGCACGUAAAAGUCGAUUGCGAAAAAAGGCCUAUGUUCAACAACUGGAAACGGGUCGUUUGAAGUUGGCACAAUUGGAGCAAGAACUCGAGAGAGCUCGACAGCAGCGUGUGUACGGUGGUUUAUUGAACACAAGCAAUGGUCUAUUAUCAGGAAAUGUCAACUCGGGUAUCGCUGCAUUUGAGAUGGCGUACGAGAUGUGGGUUUCCGAGCAGCAAAAGAAAGAUAGCGAACUCAAGGACAUGUUGCAAACUCCCAUGAGCGAUUUAGAGCUUGGUAUAUUCGUGGACAGUAGCCUGAACCAUUACUAUGAGCUUUUCCAAAUGAAAGCCAAUGCUGCAAAAUCAGAUGUGUUCUAUUUGAUGCACGGGUUGUGGAGAACCCCUGUCGAAAGGUUCUUUCAGUGGCUUGGAGGACCACGACCAUCGGAGCUCCUAUACAUACUAAUGCCACAAUUCGAACCGUUAACUAAUGCCCAAAUCGUGAGUGUCUCGACUUUGAGACACUCUUGUAAGCAAGCCGAGGAUGCGCUGACUCUAGGAAUGGAAAAGCUUCAACAAACGCUCGCGCAGGGCAUCACGAUCGACAUAACUGGAGCCGGAAGUUACAAUGUGCAAAUGGCUUGUGCAAUGGAGAGGCUUGAAGGAAUCGAAAAUUUCUUGAACCAGGCGGAUCACCUACGACAACAGGUGUUACAACAAAUGUCUCGAAUCUUAACGACACAUCAAGCUGCAAGAGGGUUGAUUGCAUUAGGGGAGUACUUCCAACGUCUUCGUUCACUAAACUCGCUUUGGGCGGCACGUUUUCGCGAACCAACAAGUUAGAAUGGAACCAAAACUUAAGUCGGUAAACCUAUUGUUGUGAGCGUACGAGCAACAACCAAGUUUGAUGGCAGUCACGUGUGGUCGUGAGCCCAUGAUCGAGCUAGCUUUGGAAUCCCUUCUUCGCGAAGGUUUUCGGUGGUACGAGAGAUAUUAUAAGUAGAUUAUUUGCUUUAUAUGAUUCGAUCUACUUCUUGAUUUGACCUAUUACUCAUUUUACCGAUUUAUAUUGUCCAAAGUAUAGAAGUUCUUAUAUAUGGUUGCUUGAAUUUGUAAAUAAUAAAUUUAUGUUGUGCAUAUCUAUGCAAGAGAUUGUGCUUUUUUUGUCUGUUUC